AUGUCAUCAAAUACAAAUGUUAUGGAUACAUGGAUUGUUUCUUAUACACAAAUAUUACUUGAUUUUGUUAAACAAGAAAUGGAUGAGAAAAAAUUAAUGACACAGUUAUUAUCAUCUUCUUCUCAACAAGAAAUAAGUGUUCAUUUUCAAGUGAUUCCAAAAUCACAAAAAACAUUAGUAAAUAAUGAUAUUGAACGUGCUGUAGCUGUUGCUCAAACAGUUAUUGGAUUAGGUAGAACUGUACGAGAACGAAAAAUUAUUCCAAUGAAAUAUCCAUUACCUGAAUUUGUUGCUAUUCAUAAAGAUGUGUCAGUAUUAAAAGAUGUACAAUCAUUAGAAGAUUUUGUUCGAGAAGUAUGUCUAAUCCUUCUUUUAUCGUUAACAUUUAUUUUUAUUCUAAAAGGUUUAAAUGUACGUGAAAGUGAAAGUCCAUUAACAACAAUUGAUGAUGUAUCAAUUGAAUCUGAAGAUGUUCAUAUUGUUUAUCGUGUUGCCAAGCAAACACAAUUUGAAGCUACUACUGAACAAGGAGCUGUUGAAUCAUCACAAAGAGAAACAAGCCCAGGUUCAGUUGAAUUCAAAAUGAACUCUUCUCGUUCUUCAUCACAAUCACGAGUAACAAACUCAUAUGAUUUAAAUCAGGGAUCUGUUUCUAGUGCACGUCAACGUCGUCGAGAAUAUAAAUUACAAUCAUCAACUGAAUAUUUAACAUCACAAGUUAGUCUAACAGAAGAAACGGAAAAGAAAAAAGAAGGAGAAAAAGAUAUAAAUGAUCUCGUUUUUAUGUUAACUGCUACAUUACAACUACCACCAACAAAUAUUCAUGAUUCAAAUGAAUUAUCAUAUAGUAGUAGUAAUACUAAUGAUAAAAAUACAACUGAAAAUAGAUCUUCUCAAAAUAAAAUAUGGUCAUCAGAUAAUCGAAAAAUAUCUGAUACAUUAUAUAAAACAAAUCAUAUUUAUCAACGUUGGAAACUAAUACAAGAAAGUUGUCUUCGUGAAAUUAGUCUACAUAAAUUACGACGUGUUUUAAAAAUAGUUGAGAAUGCUAGUGAACCACAAAUGAUGCAAGACAUGAUUGAAGAACUCGGUGAAGAUUUAUACAAUAGAUAUUCUACACAAAUAUUUUUAUUAAAAUUUUAUGAAGAUAAUUUUCUUCUACAUCAAUAA